AUGGCAUCCAAAGACGACGUAGCCAUGUCUCACCUCGAGAAAGCCCCCUCGCCAGUCGACUCAGACUCCCGCUCCCCCUCCGACCUCGCCGCGGACGAAGCCCAACGCGUCGACACGUCUCUUUCGGUUCGUGACUCCCUGCGCUACUACCAUCGUGCCGUCUUCUGGUCCCUCGCCAUGUCCAUGUCGACCAUCAUGGAGUCGUACGACCUGCUGCUCAUUACCUCCUUCUUCGCUUUCCCGCAGUUCAACCAACGCUUUGGCGAGCAGCUGCCGAAUGGCAAGUGGUCGAUACCAGCGCGGUGGCAGAUCGGGUUAACGGUGGUGACGAACGUGGGCAUGAUUCUAGGAGGCUUGUCGAAUGGUUAUUUUGCGGAUCGGUUUGGGCCCAGGAUGGUCAUGCUUGUGAACCAUGUUGCGCUGGCGGCGUUUGUGUUUAUACAGUUCUUUGCGACCGGCGUGGAGAUGUUGAUGGUCGGAACACUGCUUGUGUCAAUUCCUUGCGGUUUCUUCGCCGCGGCAACACCUUCGUAUGCGUCCGAGAUUGCGCCCCUGAAGCUUCGAGGAUACCUGGUCGUCUACGUCAACCUCUGCUGGGUCAUGGGUAAGCUCAUCGCCUUUGGCAUCAUCACCUCGAUGCUGGGCAACACGACGCAAUGGUCCUACCGCAUCCCCUUUGCCCUGCAAUGGAUGUGGUUCCCCUUCAUGGUCACCGCCACCUGGCUCGCCCCUGAAUCACCCUGGUGGCUUGUCAAGAAAGGUCGCAACGAAGAAGCAGGCAAGGUCCUCGAAAGACUCUGCACGGCACCACAAAACGUCAUCAACCCGCAGGAUACACUGGCAAUGAUCGCUCGCACUAUUCGAUUGGAGCAGGAUAUGAAUAUCCAGGGCUCGUAUGCGGACUGCUUCAAGGGAGAGAAUCUGCGCAGAACGGAGAUUUCGAUGAUUUGCUGGGGAUGCCAGAUUUUGCCUGGGUUUGCGAUCCAGAACUACAUUACCUACUUUUUCACCCUGGCUGGGCUGUCACCGAAUGACUCAUUCAAGAUGUCCUUAGGAAAUGCUGGUCUUGCCUUUGUUGGCACGGUACUGUCUUGGUUCAUGAUGACCAAAUUCGGAUGGCGAUCACUCUACCUCUACGGUCUCGUUGCCAUGAUCCCCGUCAUGGGUCUCGUCGGCUUCCUCGAUCUCGCCGUGACAUCGAACUCCAAUAUCCGCUGGGCUCAGGCCGCACUUUUGCUCGUCUGGUUCUUCAUCUACGGCAUCAGCAUCGGUCCCAUCCCAUACACAAUCGCUGCUUCCGUCGGUGCAGCCUGGCUCCGCGUCAAGACCAUCUCCCUCGGCCGCAUCACCUACUACGUCCUCUCCAUCAUCAACGUCAUCGUUGCGCCGUACCUUCUCAACGCGAGCGAGGCUAAUCUGCAAGGAAAGACGGCGUUUGUGUCGACGGGUUUGACGGUCUUCUUGGCGCUUUGGACGUUCUUUAGGUUGCCGGAGUUGAAGGGUAUGACGGCUGAAACGUUGGAUCACUUGUUCCAUGAAAAGGUGAAUGCUAGAAAGUUUGUGGAAGCUUCGAAGCAGUAUCAGUAG